AUGGUCCCCUCCAGCGACGGUUUGGAGAACGAGUUUACGAUGCUCAAUCACAGUUAUGACCCGACCUCUGAAGAUACACUCGUCGCUUCUAAGGAUCAAGAGAGGCAGCCCUUGUCGUCAAGCAUUAAUAGGCCUGAAGCUCGUAUCAUGUCGGAGUCUGGAUCUAAGGGCAACACACCAUUGGGCGCGUCUGCUCCGCUCCUGCCGAAGGUGAGCGGCUUUAUUCUCUCCAAGGAUGAUUGUCGUCCACUAAUAAGGUAUCCUGAGGGAGACUGGGUUGCCCUCAAUGAUAUCGACGAGAAGCUUAACGGGCAGACCUUUUCGGUCAUCGCCAUCGUAUCGGAAGUUUGGGGGCCCAACCCCUCCAGAAGAGGUGACCUCGACUUGGUGAUGCGUCUCCGCCUGGUGGACAAGUCCAAUCUUAAUGCUUGCGGAGACGUCCUUAAUUCUUCGGAGUAUGGUUUCAAGGUCAACUUGUUUGCUGCGAAGGAAAACGGUAAGCAGUGGCUUCCCCAUACGGCGCGCGAGAACGACGUCGUGAUCCUUCAAAACUUGAAGGAUACAAAGAAAAGAUACGUUGGGCUAUCUAUGACAGGACAAGCUACUCAGCGCGAUGUGGCCGGCAAGCCCGACUGCCUCACUAAGGUUCCCGCACCAGCCCCGCCACCUUGCCCGGUAUCCCCAGAAGACCUUCAGACCUGCGCGCAAUUGCACAAAUGGUGGAAGAGCGAGCGACUGAAGGCUGGACGUGUUGUUGAGGGAACGGAUAGCUCCGUGGGACAGAGCUUUGCUCAACGCUCCCUGGUAUCCUCUCACUCGGACACGGUUCAGCCCAGCGACUCGAGAGGUCUGGUCACCAUCCGGGAAAUCCUGGACGACGACAGGGACUGUCGUGCUUCGUUCAACAUCGAGGCUAGUGUCGUUGGGCAUACCCCGGCACCCGUUGAAAAUUAUGUAUCAAUGUGGUGUAAACAUCUCCGAAAAAAAACAUGUGACAUUCAAGAAGAAUGUUGGGCCUGCGUGGGUAAACCCGGCAAGAGUCACUCGUACCGCUACCGACUCCAGUUUGAGUUGCAGGACGCAGCAGAGGAUAGUCUCUUUGUCGACAUGAACGAACAAUCGAGACCGCUUGAAGGACUUCCUCCCGUUGAUCUCCGCAAAAACGCAGAUGUCUGUGCAGAGGUUCGGCGCCGGUUGAGGUCCUACGUAGGGAAUACGUUCGAGCCGAAUCUACAGAAGAUGAUGGUGGCGCGUAUGAGGUCUAAGUCUGGUGAAGGAUGGUGCUACAAGCUGUUCUGA